ACAUUGACGCGGACGACCCAUUUGUUUUCUGCUUUGGAUGCGCUCGAAAAGAAUACGGUUUACGUAGGAGAGCGUGUUUUAAAUAUCAUUCCUCGAUCUUCUCAUCAUAUUCGUUUAAUAUGGUCACAACGGAUACUACCUUUCUUCACAUCAGAACAAUUUCCAAAAUAUGGAUUGGAUAUUGAAGUAAGGGAAGAAAACAAAAUUUUUAUAUACGAUACAUCUUUAGAUUCUCGAAUUACUUCUUUAAAACGAAUACCAUUAUGGGAUAAGUUUUUUGAGUCAGUCACUUCAAACGAUAAAAUUUCCAUAAGUGAUUUUAUCCCUUUAUCGGAGGGUUUUGUUAUUCCCAUUAAUGAUACGCAUAAAGUAUUAGAAUGGUUAGAUUCUCAUAUUC